AACAACAGCAACAACAACAACAACAGCAGCAGCAGCAGUUUGCCAACAGCACCACCAGCGGUCAUGUUAGCAGCCAGCUUGAGCCGCCGCACCACAGUCAAGCGAACCACACGUACAGCAGCAAUUGGAGCAGCAGCGAGAUGGUAUUGAGCACCGAAUGGUCGCAGGUGGAGGUUAUAGAUUUGAUCAACGAUGGCAAUGGCUUGGGCUUCAUUCUGGUGGGCGGUCGCAGCACGGGCGUUGUCAUCAAGGCGCUGACGCCGGGGGGCGUGGCCGAGCGGGAUCAGCGCCUGCAGCUGGGCGAUCAUCUGCUCCAGAUUGGCGAUGUAAAUCUGCGCGGCUUCAGCUCGGAGCAAGUGGCCACAGUUCUUCGUCAGACCGGAGCUCAGGUGCGUCUGAUUGUGGCACGGCCGGUGGAGCCGACGGCCAUCGACUAUCAUACGCUGGCCAGUCAUGCGCCCAUUAUACCAACUAAGCUCCUCUCCGACCCGGAAGAACUGUCGCGGCAUCUCUUUCAGAAUCCGAGCUUGGCCACGGCGACGACACCCUUGGAUGUGGGCAGUCUGGUUGGCCUGGUCACUGGCGCCCCAGCUGGCGAUACAGCUGACCAGGGCAAUGUGUCACUGCCCCUGUCCCUGCCCCUGCCCCUGCCCAUGCCCCUAACUCUGCCACUGCCACUGGCUCUGCCCCAGACCAUGCCCUUGGCCGCUCUUGACCCAGCGCCCGAUACAGAGCUAGCCGAUCUGCCGCUGCCACCGAUACCCGCCAAUCUGGCCAGCAGCAGCAGCUCCUGCCUGCAGGACCUCGAUAUUGUGCCCUACUCAAUACUGUCGCCGCCUCCGACGACAGCGCUGCUCACGGCGCGACAGUCGCUGCAGUUGCCAUUGGGUCAGCGCUGGCAAAAUCAGGAGGAGGAGGACGACGUCGACGACGUGGAUGAUGACGACGAUGAUCAGGAUGAGCAAGUUGGGGAACGAAAGCAGCAUGUGAUAGCCGGCAAAAAGUUGGCAAACGACGGCGACUGCUGCUCCGUGGACUCCGAGUCGCCCUCGACGUACGUCGACUCACCCGAAACGGAAACGUACGUCGUGGAGCUGCACAAGAACGUGUACGGCCUGGGCAUUACCGUGGCCGGCUACGUCUGCGAGGAGGAGGAUCUGUCGGGCAUCUUUGUGAAGAGCAUCAUUGAGGGCAGCGCCGCCGAGAUGAGCCGCCAAAUUCAGAUCAACGAUCGGAUCGUGGCCGUCGAUGGCCGCACUUUGGCCGGCGUCACCAAUCAUCAGGCCGUGGAGCUGCUGCGCAACACGGACAUCGAGGUGCAUCUGACGCUGGAGCGUUUCCUGCGCGGCCGCAAGUUUGAGCAUCUGCAGGUGGCCCUCACCGAGAUGAAAGUGGGCGGCAGCAGCGCCAAUGCCAACGAUGGCGAUGCCCAGUCGCAGCUGUCCAUGCCCGCCUCGCCGUCCAUAGCGACGCUCAGCUGGCUGCCGCCAAAGUCCGCCGAUGCGGACUCCAUUGUUACCGAUGCCGGGGACGGCCACCUGCUGCCGGAUUUUCCCGAGCUGCCCUCGCGGGACACCGUCGACUCGAAUAUGUCGCACAUGCUCGACCGCAGCGAUCAUAGUGCGCCGCCUCUGACCAAUGGCAAUGGCAAUGGCAUGGGUCAUGGACUUGGGCAUGGCCAUGGCCAUGAUCAUGACAGCGGCAAUGACACCGAUGAGCAGUGUCCAGAGCCGGAGCCGGAGCCGGAGCCGGAGCCGCAGCCGAAGCCGGAAUUGAAGCCGCAGCCAAAGUCAAAGUCAGAGACUGAGUCGAUUGCAGCUGCAGCUGCAGCCGUCGCCGAGCCGGAGCAUGGCAAGACGCCCACCAAUGAGCCGGAUGUGCCGGCGUUUAAGUGCGCUGACACGGCCACGCCCGUCAAAUUGGCCAGCCCCAGCGCCGGCUCGCUGCGGGUGGCCUGGAAAAGUGAGUUUCCCGAAAGUGAAAUUUUAGUUGCCGAAAUAAAUAAACUUUCAGGUCUAGGGAUCAGCCUCGAGGGCACCGUCGACGUCGAGUGCGGCAUUGAGAAGCGUCCGCAUCAUUACAUACGCUCGAUACUCGAAGACGGUCCCGUCGGCAAACAGGGCAUUCUGCGGCCGGGCGACGAGCUGCUCCAGGUCAACGAGCACAAGCUGCAGGGCCUGCGUCACAUCGAUGUGGUCAAGAUACUCAAGGAGCUGCCGGCCAGCGUGAAGCUGGUCUGUGCGCGCGGCACACGCGCGCCCUCAAUUAUCAACACCUCCCAGAAUGCGGAGGCCUUCGAGACGCGCAGCCUGCUGCCCGGCGGCCAUCAGAGUCUGCAGAAUUUGCUGAGCAAGGCGCAGUCGGAGAGCUCCCUCUACACGUCGAGCACGGCAACGCUGACGGAAUCAGCUGCAGCAGCGGGCGCUGCAACCGCUGCAGCCGGCGCCACAGUUCAGCGCUCCAAGUCGCUGGACAACAUGUCCGGCCUGGCGCUGUGGAGCAGCGAGGUGACUGUGGUGCAUAUUGAAAAGUCAGAGCAGGGCUUCGGUUUCUCCAUACUCGACUAUCAGGAUCCGCUCGACGCGGAGGGCAGUGUGAUUGUGAUACGUGGCCUAAUACGCGGUGGUGCUGCGGAGGCAACCAACGAGAUCUAUCCGGGCGAUCGUCUAAUCAGCGUCGGCGAGCACUCGCUCCAAGGCCUCGAGCUGGACGAGGCGGUGGCCAUACUCAAGGCCAUGCCGCCAGGCCGCACGCGCCUCGGCAUCUGCCGGCCCCUCUCCACCUCGGACAGCAACAGCAACAGCAACAUUGCCUCGCCGCUCGCCGACUCGGCGAGCAGCACAUAGUGCCAGGCGGAAGCACCAGCGCAGCAGCAGCUCGUGAUGCAUUAUAUUUUGACCCUCAUAUUGGCCAGUUGAAUGUGAAGCAGCCAAAACCAAAACCAAAAAAAGAGAAACAAACCCGAAAAACUAAACGAGCUGCAGUAUAAAUCAGCGGAACUGAGCAUGCGACAAUUUGUACAUAGAUGACCCAUGGCAUAUAUUGUUCGAGUACAUAUGAAUAGUAUCUAGUAACACACACACAUACACACAAAGAGAGACCCACAUACCGUAGCUGUAACUAAUUGGUUUGACGGCGCUGACGUGUUAUUGAUCUGCAGCAAACGUAUAAAUAAAUAACUAGAUAGUUAUGCAUGCGAAAUUUUCAGAUUUCAACAACAACAGCAACAAAAUUGAGAAUAAAAUAUUUAUCACAAAUUGUAAUAGUCCAUCAAUUUAUAAUAACAAAUUUUUGUCAGUUGUCGAAGGACACAAAACACCCACAAAAUCUAG